UAUCUCGCUACAACAUAAAAUCUAGGGACAUUUGACUGCUAAAAUAUCAAUGUUGAUCUAUCAUGUUGUUUAGGCACGGACUACACUGAUAUUUUUCUUCCCUUUCUAAUAUUGUGAAAGGUUGUCAAUGAGUAUUGCUUUAUAGGUAACUUACUUUUCUUCUUUUUUCCAUAAUGCUCCUCACGAAUUGUGAAUGCUUUCCUGACUUCAUCGUAGUUUCAUCUUGUCUCUUUCAUCUGAAGGGUAGUAUUUUAAAACAUGGUAUCUAACUUUGCGCUCUGAUACGGAAAAGUGCUUUCGGGUCUUAGCUUAUUAGUAAGGCUGAAAUAAGUAGUUGUCCUGGAGGUACAUUAUAUCAAAUUAUUACUCAAUGACUGAUGUGAAAUGUUGUUCAUGUUCCAGAUUAUCAGAAAUAGAAAGGGUGUUAUAUUUGGUGGGCUCCUUGAUUGUCCUCUUAAACCUUGUCCAAAGAGGAAAUAUCAAUUAUGUACUUUCCAUGGUCCUAAAAAUAACUCCCACUACCCCUAGAAAUCCGGAUGGUCCUUCAGAAGAAGAAAUCCAGAAAAAUCUUUGAAGGACAGUCACAUGGAAAUAUCUAAGAGGUUGAUUGACUAGCAUACUAACUAUGGUAUGGCUGUAGCAGCUUAGAGAAGCUUUUAUCACUCUUGAAGUUGAACUUCUCCAUCCUUAAACAACAUUAGAGGCUGCUCAAAGGCUUUGUUUUCUCCACCAAACUCAUCCUAUCUGACAGUUACACGAGCUCAGAAGGAAUUACAAGAUGAAGCCUGAACGUGUUUAUUUAGAUGAAUUAAACAGUAGCAGCAAGGCUUACAAAGUCAAAGUCAAGGUAAUUGAAAAAGGUCGAGCUAAGGUCUCUCCUAAAAAAGGCAUACUCUACCAAAAUCUUAUUCUAGAAGAUGACAAGGGAAAUCGAAUGAGAGGAGCACUUUUUGGCGAUCAGGUGGAAGGCUACAAAGAAGCUUUUGUGUACAAGGGGGAGUACGAAAUAGCUAACGCUCCAAUAAAGCCCGUAGAAGAGCAAUUCAAAUCCUCCUCCUCUGAACUUGAUUACCAAAUGAGCUUUGGAAGACAGACAGUAAUUCAACCAAUAAAUACUGAAGCUAAUCCUGUUCUGCCAGAGUAUCAGACCAUAUCUUCAAUUCCAAAAACCUGUGAUCCUUCUGAAAAAUUUGAUAUCCUUGGUGUGGUGCUUUAUGUUGAAGAAGAAGCAAGGACUAUUUCAACGGCCCAAGGACGUGAUAAUCUUGUCCGCGAGAUUGUUAUAACUGACCACAGGGCAUUGCGCCACAGGGACACCCUGGCUGAUAGGCAAGCAAGAGUCUUAGAUGUAAGGAACACAUCAAAAGAAAGGCAAGUCAUGACAAUCUGUGCACUAAAGGAAAAAAAGGUUGUUAACACACUUCAAGACGAACGACAAUUCUUGAGAGUGGUUGUCCCCGAACCUAGCUUUGAAAAAUUGCACGCAUACCUUGGUUGCUCUAACUGCAACAAGCGAACCGAUGUGCCAGCAGGGGAGACACACACAUGCCUUAAUUGUGGACAGAAAAAUGUCAUCUCCAUCCCUAGAGUUACUUUCAACUGCGACGUCUCUGAUGGAAACGCCACCCUCCCAGUCACAAUAUUCAGCAAGGAUUUGGAAAAACUUUUCAAAUUACCGGUUGAAGACAUCUUUCGGAUGAGGCAUUCUGAUGAUCUUGAAACUUUCUCAGCUAUCCAAAAACUCCUGCAAGUCUCUUUCCUAAUUGAAGUGGGUCCAAAAACAACCCUCUCAUUGAACAAUGUGUUGCAGUGGAUUCUCAAAAGAGUUGUGGCUGAAGAUGAAGUUGAUGAGGUCAACCUAAAACCAAAGGCUAUCACACAGCUCAUGGAUUACCACACUGUUAAGCCUGAUGAACCAAAUCCAAAACAGAAGCUUCCUGGCAAAUCCGCAGAUCAGAACACAGAGGGACCUAAGAAUCCUACACAUGAAGCUGCUCAUGUAUUUGUUGAUGAAGAUGUUCUUGGGUCCACCAACUAACCACUAUAUCGGCCACCUAGACCUCCUUUUGCUUGCUAACAUAGACUUAUGCUACAUGUUUAUAACUUGCCCUGGGACCUAAUCAUGCUUCUUACUAAUUACUCGCUUUUGCAUAUAGGCAUAAAUGAUUUCUUGUAAUAUACAUGCCAAAAACCUAAGGAAUCUUGCAAUAGGCCCAGUGACCUCCACAUCUUUUGUAUAAUGCAAGCUAAUGACAAUAUGUUUGCUCAAAUCAUGUUCUAAUAAGAACAAGAGCCUUUUGUAUAGUACCAUAGCAUGGAGUCAAACAUGUGUUUUAAGAACUCUGUGAAGUAAUGUGAGACAUUUACUACCUA